UACCCCCAUCAUGACCGUCUGUGAUACAUGGUGGUUGUCACCCAUGCAUAACCCACCCACACACACACACCCACACACUCUCUCCCACUUUAACUUACCCUUCACCCCAAAUCCCCCAAUUAAUGACGUCCCCCAGUGCAAAAAACCCAGGUGGUAGCGUGUAAGAGUGCCAACAAGUGGAGCAGAGUGGUGGCACUCACCAAGACCCAGAUUAGCGUCCUGGGCAGGCCUAGCACUCAGUGUGUGGACCAUCCUGGGUCGUGGUGCAGGGACGGACCAAUCUUUUAUCUCCCACACAACACCAGCAUCCCAUCUCCCUUCUCUCAAAUACAUAUAUGCAUAUAUAAAAGAGAGUAGCUCAGUGUCUGGCCGGGUGAAGCAGAGGCUGGACACUUCACUCGUCCAGUGUGAUAUAUCAGAAGUUUUAGUGAAAUCUGUGAUACCUUUCUGUGGUUAAUUUACGAGUGGAAAGCGGAGUGGACUGUGUGGAAAGAUAGUGUUUGGUCGUUGGGUUAGUGAGUGUUGAAGGGAAGAAAAAGCUUGGGAAAGAAGGUUUUGACCAAGGAGAAGGUCAGAAAGAAGGCUUUCCAGUAGGUUUAAGGACAAGACAAGCGUCUGCAGUGCUUCGAGGACAACGUAGGCGUCAGGAAUCCUCUUUACAACACCGAGGGACAGCACAAGAAUCUGCAAGACUCUUGCAGGAACACAGGUGUCUUAAGUACUGCAACUACAAAACUCCAGGAGAAUUUCAAGGUAUAUACAGCGCCUUGAGUGCCGUGUGGUGCGUCGAGCUAUGACUGGAGGACUUGGGUAAAACGUCGAUACACGUUUCCUUCACCCCACCAGCAACAUGUUUCGCCGGGGACUAGUCAAGAACAAGGUGACCGAGGGAGACCGCAGGACCACUGAACCCGAGUACGAGGAAGUAGGUCCACCGGUCCACCUCAAGAAGGCUCAAGAGAACAGCAGUGAGGCACAGAACUGUGAGUUGUGUGGGUCAGCGGCUGCUGCUGUGCGCUGUGACCGCUGUGGUUGCCAGGCCUUCUGUCUCUCCUGCGAUGAUAUGUACCAUAGACAUCCACGGAGGUCUGCUCAUACCCGCAAGGCUGUGGACAGCAGAGCAUCUACCGCUGGCGGAGUAAGGCCGCCCCUGCCCCCCAAGAUUGACACACAGGGGUCAGCGCCCCCUCCUCAACCCCCUCCCAGGAAGAACAAGAGGUCUGGAUUCCUUUUAUCCAACGCAUCCUUUAGUAAGAAGGAUCAGAACUACGCUCGUUCAUCCAAUGACAACUACCGGUCAACCAGCAUGACCAACCUGCAGAGCGCUGCCAGUGAUAAUGGGGGCAGUGCUGGACGCACCAUCAUGGGAAGUCUGAAGAGAUUCAUGGGAGCCCGACCUUUACCACCUGCCCCGGACCAUACCAGAGGUGUGAUAAAGACCGACAUGGGACCACCACCACCCAGCAAGACCCUCUCUAGGACCACUACAAGUCCCAGUCUACCUAACUUGAACGACCAUAUAGAAGAGGAAAUUCGACUGGGCUUACCACAAUCAGUCCUCGAUCUUAACACUACAGUCACUACCAAGACUAUUUCAGCUUCCACGCCCACUACGCCCGCCUCCGCCCACGCCCAGUACCCACCUUUGGUUCCCAAGACGCCCCAGCCUGCUCCCAAUACCCACUCUUUGGGUAGGAAGUUCUCGCUACAGCAACUGCCACAGAAUUCAGAGGAGUUGAGGACUUCCCUAGCGGAACCCACGCCUUGUGGGUCCCCCUGGGUAGGGGAACACAACAAACCACCCCCACGUACCCGAUCCCACAGUGUCUCCGACGACCAGUGGUCACAGAUGAUGGCAGCCCAGACCAACACUACCCCCACCACAACAGACACCCAGGGCACGCCCUCAAGUCCAACCUGUCCUCCUGGGCACGUCCCUGCGGACAUGUCCGCCUUCGCUGGGGCACCGACCCGCCGGGGAUACAACAGCAUCAGCAGCUCCGGUCGUAGCGGCAACACCUUAGGGCGAGGCAUGGUAUCCUCGGCGUCAGUCUGUGAUCUAAACAGCCUAGCACAGCAGCAGGCUUCACACGCCUUCAGCACAGCCAAUCCAGCAGGUAGCUUCCAGCAGCUGAACAUGAUGGGUUAUGGGGGCGGGAUGCUGUGGGGAGCUCCAUGUGAGCUGUGCCAGGCUCAACCCAUGUUUACCACCCACCCUGGCAUGAGUGGCAUGAAGCGCACUGCUUCUAACCUCUCCAUGAACCUCUCCUCCGUGGGCAGUGACAUGUCUGGCUACCCAUGGGCGCCCCCUCCACCCCACAUCCAUCACCAUAUGCCCAUGUACCCAGGCUACUAUCCUGGCUACCACCCACAUAUGCCCCCACCGCCCAUGGGUACCCCCAUGGGCUUGAACAUGUCGAUACCUGACUCGAUGCAUACUUUUGGUAAAGUGACAUCAUCUCCAGCACCGUCAGUGCGUUCUACGUCACAUCGAUCUCACAAGUCCAGCAAAUCGAGGUCCUUCAGCGCCGCAGACACCAGUGGCCGUCGAAGUCGCAACCGGAAGGCCAAGCGCUCAGAGGAGAGUGAAGACAGUCGAUCGUCUUCGGGAAGUGACGAAGAAGAUGAUAUAGACGAUAACAAGUCAGGUCAUGGCGGAGUGAGCAGCUUAGCCUGGCAGUGUGACCACUGUACUUUCAUCAACUCUGGCGGGGCUCGAACGUGUGGAAUGUGUUCCAAGACUGUUGGGAGCAGCAGCCGAACCAGCCGACGGAAUAGUGAACGAAGGCGCUCCGACAGACGGCGGGACAGACGGACCGACCAGGAGGAUAACGAAAGGGACUUAUCCGACUACGACAACGAUGGAGGCGGCAUAGUGAAGAGUAACUUCUCUUUCAACGUGAAGGAGAGUAAACGCGAGAACCGCAAAGUCUCCGGUACCAACAAGAGUAAAAGUAAGAAAAAGUCGCGUCGGAGAGAUGGUUCAGAGUCUCAGUCGGAGUCCGGAAGUGAAGGUGAGGAGGAACUGCAGCUGGAGAGGAACAUGAGGGACCUGAAGGUGUCCUCCUCCUCCCGUAGGAGGGGCAGCGACCACGAUGGAACCAACAACAAAGACAGAGAGAGGGAGAGAACCUCACGCAAGAAAGAAGGAAGCGUCGGCCGCUUCAAGAACCGCAGCCGCAACCACUCUGAGCGCUCAAGGACGCCGGGGCGUCAGACGCCAAGACUUGCCAGCCCAACUGAUGACCAGGUAUCACACGGGGGAAGCUCUGAUGGCAGCAUCCCUGAGGACGCUCGCAUCUCUCACACUCUCAGCACUGAGCGCAACGAGCAUCUCAACUCUCAGGAUGGUACUAUAGUUAACACUUUGGUAUCUGAACCCUCUCCUAAAGCAGGGAUAAUAUCAGAUAGCAACGAGCAUCGGAGUAAAUCUAAGGAAUCCAAAGCUUCCAGUCCAGUUGGCAGUGUUGCUGGUGAAGAACAAGUUCUUGAAGAACCACCACAAGUUCCCAUCUUUGAACCUAAGGUGAGUGAUGAAAAAUCUAGAUCUGCAAGUCCUAGACUUGAAGUUGGGAAAUGCAAGUCCCCAGCGCUGUCCCAACUUACGUCUCGGGGUGAGGGAGAUGAUCCCAGCUUCGCUAACACGCUAGAUGACAUAGCCACAAUGGGAACCAACGAGGUUGCAGAUCAGGACCUGAGUAGCCAGUACUUAGACGAGCGUCCCCAUAGUGCUGAUUUACCAGUGGUGGUACAAGGCGAUGUACCAGUCGUCAGCUAUAUCAGGCCCCUAACUCCUGAAGACCAAGUAAUUGAUGACCCACAGACGAUAAUCAUUGGCGCACCACAAGCUAGACAGACUCCAGAGUCUCCUAUCGAAGUCAAAGACGAGACUGACAUCGAUGUUGCAGAAAACACAGGGCAAGCAAAGAUUGCUAUACCACCGCCUGAACCAUUAUAUGAACCUAGCUACGAGACAGUAGAGCAGCCUGUAAACAUCGAGGCUCCACCGGUGGCUGUCUUGAAAGACACAGACAGAGAACAAGAUAAUUAUGAAACAGCAUCAACUGGAUACAUACAUGCAAACCUUAAGGAAGAGGAGGAGGAGGAGGAAGAGGAAGAGAAGGUAGAAGUAGCCGAGGAUGAAAAUCUGCAAGAACUUAAGGGACAACACAUCUCACCCUUGGAUUUACAAAGUGGAGAGGUGGCCCGCUCGGCCUCCUCGGGGUCCUCCCUCGGGCUAAACUCCAUGCCCCCCGACAGACAGUAUACACCUCUUAGCUUCUCCUCCUCAGAUGCCCAGUUCUACUCUCCGCCAGAUUCUCCAGACAUCUCCCUCAGCGAGCAGCUUCAAGAUAGACCUCAGCCUGGCAUACUACAGACAGUGGUGGCACUGGAAGAGGAGUACUUGGUGACGGCACUGGAGACCAUGCAGCAGUCCCUGGAAGAUCUCAAGUCCUCCAGAGAGACCAUUAGGUCUUCCAUGGAGCAACUUCCUUAUUCUGAGGAGGCAGCAGUGCCUCUCGGGGAGGUGGCUGGCACUGAGGAAAAUAGACCUACCUCAGGAGGGCCUCUUACUGACUAUGCUACCACCUCUCCAAUGGCUUCUGCUUCUGCUCCUGCCACUGAUCCUACUGCUGGUCUUACUGCUGCUGCUGCUGAUGCUGCUACUGCUUGUACCUUAUACACAGAUGGAUACGAGUCUUUGAGCUUCCAAGAUGCUCUCGCCCCAUCAGGAGAUAAUGAUCUUGAGUACUCAGCCUCCAACAAGGUUCAAACCCUACCUGUUCUGUGGUUAGUUACAUUCAGUCAGAAAUUAGGUUCAGUCAGAUAUAGAUGGAGAUACAGAAGAGGCUUCAGCAAGCAGCAGCAGCAGCAGCAGCAGCAGCAGCAGGAGGUGAACGAGAGGUACCUCACAGUGGAGGAACUCAUCACCAGACGGAGGCUGGAGGCCAUGAGGACUCAGGGACUCCAACUGGUGCAAGUUCUUCGGGACGCUGAAGAUGCAGGCUUCACUUCGGAAGAUGUGUCCAUAGCUCUAACUCACUGUGGAGACAAGAACCCGCUGGAGUGGUUGAAGGAGAACUGGAGACACAUGGUAGACACCGUCUCCACCUUGGCUACCAACUAUGGCCAGGAGCGUAGAGUUAAUGACAUCGGCUCUAUAACAGCAGCCGAGGCUCGUGUCGCCCUCAGACUACACAAGGGAAACAUUUGGGCGGCUGUCACCGAGUGUGUGGAGCAGCGCCAGAACAAGUUCAACGACAUCUACGCCCGGGGUCGCUUCAAGAGGGAAGCCGUGGUGAAGGCUCUCCAGGACCACGAUGGGGACUCUGACGCGGCUUUCCUUGAACUCAACAAGUCACAGCUACAGCCCUUCAUGAUGAAGAUCUGGGGAGCCAUCAAGGGUGAAAGCAAGCCAACGCUUAAGACAGAUCCACCUCUGAAGACAGCUCACCCUGCCCUGGAAAAGGCUGAACCCCAAGGGCUUCCUGCUCAGGUGAACGUUUUGCCCGCUCCUGAGAGCCUCCGGCCACCUCCAGAAGAAACGACUUUGAAGCCUCCCACCUUAGUAGACGCCUCGACGGAUACUGGCCACUAUAUCCAAGGGACUACCAGAGCAAGACAACACCGGGACUACCAGGAGCCAAGAAUCACAGGGACUACAGAGCAAGACAACAUGGACUUACAGAGCAAGGACAUCACAGGGAUACCAGAGCAAGAAACACAGGGACUACCAGAGAAAGACAACACAGGGACUACCAGAGCAAGACAACACAGGGACUACCAGAGCAAGACAACACAGGGACUACCAGAGCAAGACAACACAGGGACUACCAGAGCAAAGGACCAUCACCGCGACUCCCGAGCAAGACAACACAGGGUGAUACAGAGCAAGGACAACACAGGGACUACCAGAGCAAGGACACCACAGGGACGACCAGAGCUAGGGAACAUCACAGGGUACUACCAGAGCAAGACAACACAGGGGGGGUACUACCUGAGAAUGACAACACAGGACUACCAGAGCAAGAAACACAUGGGACUACCAGAGCAGACAUCACAGGGACUUACCAGGCAGGACAAACACAGGGACUACCAGAGCAAAGACAUCACAGGGACUAGACCAGGGAAGACAAAUACCACAGGGGACUACCAGAGCAAGACAACACAGGGGACUACCCGAGCAAGACAUCACAGGGACUAUCCAGAGCAAGGACAUCAAGGGGAUACAGAGCAGGUCAUCACAGGGGACUACAGAGUCAGACAACAUAGGGAUACCAGAGCAGACAACAACAGGGACUACCCGAGUCGAAAACAUAGGACUACCAGAGCCAAGACAACCCAGGGACUUUCCCAGGAGUCAGGGACAACAAGGGAUACCAGAGAAAGACAACAUAGGGACUACAGAGCACGGACAUCACAGGGAUACCAGAGAAGACAAAAGGGCCUACCAGAGCAAGCCAACCCGGGCCUACCAGAGCAAGACAAUCACAGGGAUACACAGAAGACCACUACAGAAAACAUUGGACAAAUGCCUGACCCAGAUACAGAGCCACUACAGAAACAUGGCCAGUGCUUGACCAGCUACAGAUCCAAUACAAGAACCCUUGGACAGAUGCUUGACCCAGAUACCGAGACACUCCAGAAACAUGGACCGAUGCAUGACCCAGAUACAGAGACCAUACCAGACACUUGGACAGAGCUUGACAGAUACAGAGACCAAUUAAGCAAACAUGGACAGAUGCUUGACCCAGGAACUAACCAGAGCACGAACAUCACGGGACUACCAGAGCAAGACAACAUAGGGGACUACCAGAGAACGCAUCACAGGGACUACCAGAGCAAGACACCCCAGGGACUACCAGAGCACAGACAUCACAGGGACUACCGGCAAGGACAACACAGGGACUACCAGAGUGAAAGACAUCACAGGGACUCCAGAGCAAGACAACAUAGGGACUCCCAGAGAAAGACAUCACAGGCUACCCGAAGCCAAGACCAAACACUCAGGGACUACCAGAGCACAGACAACCAGCCGGACUACCAGAAGAAAGCCAUCACAGGGGACUACAGAGAAGACACAAGGGAUCCAGGCGAAAGGACAUCACAGGGACUCCCAGAAUGUCAGCAACACAGGAUCCAGAGAGCUCCAGGCAAGACAUCCAGGGAAUACCAGAGCAAGACAACACAGGAUACAGCGCAAGACCAACACAGGGACUACCAGAGCCAAGCCAACACAGGGAUACCAGAGCAAGACAACACAGGGACUACCAGAGAAAGACAUCACAGGGACUACCAGAGCAAGACAACACAGGGACUACCAGAGCAAGACAUCACAGGGACUACCAGAGCAAGACAACACAGGGACUACCAGGUCGACAACCACAGGGAACACUACCCAGAGAAAGACAUCAACAGGGACUACCAGAGCGCAAGAAAACCACAGGGACUACCAGAGCAAGACACCACCGGGACUACCAGAGCAAGACACACAGGGACUACCAGAGCAGACAACACAGGACCUACCAGAGAAAGGAAUCCGGAUACCCAGAGCAAGACAACUAGGGACUACCAGAGAAAGAAUCACAGGGACUACAGAGCAACAUUCACAGGGACUCCCAGCGCCAAGACAACCACGGACUACCCUAGCAAGACAAACCACAGGGGAACUCAGAGCAAGACACACACCGGGAAUCCAGGACCUACCAGAGCAAGGACAACACAGGGCCUACCUGCGCAGAACCAGGGACUACCAGAGAAAGACCAAUUAGGACUACUGAGCAAGACAACCAGGGACUACCAGAGCAAGACAUCACGGGACUACCAGGCAGAAACACAGGGACUUACAGAGUCAGACAAACAUAGGAUACCAGAGCAAGACAAACACCGGGACUACCAGACCAAUAUAACACAGGGACUACCAGAGUCUGACAACCACAGGACUACCAGCGCAAGACAACACAGGGACUACCAGAGCAAGACAACACAGGGAACCUACCAGAGCAGACAACACAGGGACUACCAGAGCAAGACAACACCGGGACUACCAGAGAAGACAAACAUAGGGACUCCAGAGAAAGACAACACAGGGACUACAGAGCACGACAACUUAGGGACUACAGAGCAAGACAAACAGGGGACUACCAGAGAAAGACAACAUGGGACUACAGAGCAAGACACACAGGGAACCUACAGACGUCCGGCCAACACAGGGACUACCAGAGUCAGACAACACAGGACUACCAGGCAAGACAACACAGGGGACUCCCAGCGCAAGACACAUAGGGGACUACCAGAGCAAGGACAUCACGGGACUCCAGAGCAAGGACAAGAGAGGGACUAUCCAGAGCCCAAGGACAACCUAGGGAUCGAGCACGACAAACAUCAGGGGACUACCGGCAAGAAACAGGGGGACUACCAGAGCAGGACAACAAGGGACUACCCCAGGAAGACAUCACAGGGAAUACCAGAGCAAAGACAAACACAGGGACUACCAGGCAAGGACAACACAAGGGAAUUCCUGGAGCAAGGACAUCACAGGGAUCCAGAGCAAGACAAACACAGGGCUACCAGAGCAAGACAUCACAGGAAUACAGAGUCAGACAACACAGGACUACCAGAGCAAGACAUCAAGGGAACUACAGCGAAAGACAUCACAGGGACUACCAGAGCAAGACAACACAGGGACUACCAGAGCAAGACAUCACAGGGACUACCAGAGAAAGACAACACAGGGACUACCAGAGCAAGACAACACAGGGACUACCAGAGCAAGACAACACAGGGACUACCAGAAGAAAGACAACCACAGGGACUUCCCAGAAGCAAGACCAACACAGGGACUACCAGAGCAGACAACACAGGGACUACCAGAAGCAAGACAAACACAGGGCCUACAGAGACAAGACAACCCGGGGACUACCAGAGCAAGACAACACAGGGUACAGCGCAAGACAAAACAGGGUCUACAGAAGAAAGACAAAAAGGGACUACCGAGCAAACAACCCAGGGAACUACCAGAGUAAGGACAAACACAGGGACUACCAGGAGAACGACAACACAGGGAGACUACCAGAGCAAGCCAACCAGGGAACUACAGCGGCAGACAACACAGGGACUUACCAGCGGAAAGACAACACAAGGGACUUACCAGAGCAAGACAAACACAGGGACUACAGAGUCAGACAACACAGGGACUACCAGAGAAAGGACAACACAGGGACUUACCAGAGCAAGAAACACAAGGGACUACCAGAGCAAGACAAACAGGGACUUACCAGAGCAAAGACAACACUGGACUCCGGAAAAGACAACCCAGGGACUACCAGGAGCAGUCACACGUGACUACCAGAGCAUAGACAACAACAGGGACUACCAGAGCAAGACAACACAGGGACUACCGAAGCACGACAACACAGGACUACAGAGCAAGACCCACACAGGGACUACCAGAGCACGACCAAACAGGGACUUACAAGGUCAGACAACACAGGGACUCCAGAGCAAGAACAACACAGGGCUACCAGAGCAAGACAACACAGGACUACCAGAGUUCCGACAACACAGGGACUACCAUGAGCAGAAACAACAGGGGGUACCAGAGCAAGAAACACAGGGGACUACCAGAGUAGUACACACAGGGACUACCUGCAAGACAAACCGGGGACUACCAGAGCAAGACAACACAGGGAACUACAGAGUCAGACAACAUAGGGACUACGAGAAAGACAACACAGGACUACCAGAGCAAGGACAACCUGGGACUACCAGAGUAGACAAACAUCGGGACUACCUUGAGAAAGACACCGCAGGGAACUACCAGGCAAGACAAAACAUUGGGACUACCGAGUCAGACAACAUAGGGACUACAGAGCAAGACAAACACAGUGGAACUAUUCAGAGCAAGACAACACAGGGACUACAGAGAAGACAACACAGGGACUACCAGAGUCAGGACAAACCUAGGGACUACCAGAGCAAGACAACACAGGGAUCACCAGAGCAAGACAACACCGGGACUACCAGGAGCCAAGAAUCACAGGGACUACAGAGCAAGACAACAUGGACUUACAGAGCAAGGACAUCACAGGGAUACCAGAGCAAGAAACACAGGGACUCAGUAGAAAGACAACACAGGGACUACCAGAGCAAGACAACACAGGGACUACCAGAGCAAGACAUCACAGGGACUACCAGAGCAAAGAAACACAGGGACUACCAGAGCAAAGGACCAUCACCGCGACUCCCGAGCAAGACAACACAGGGUGAUACAGAGCAAGGACAACACAGGGACUACCAGAGCAAGGACACCACAGGGACGACCAGAGCUAGGGAACAUCACAGGAUACAGAGACCAAUACAGAAACUUGGACAGAUGCUUGACCCAGAUACAGAGACCAAGUCAACAAUAGAGGACCUGCUGCUGGACGUAGGAAGUGCGCCUUACUACGAAUAUUUCACUGCCGUCGAACUAGACGGGAUGGAGGAUUCUGAAGAGGAUAGCGAGAGGGAUAGCGAGAGGGAUAGCGAGAGGGAUAGCGAGAGGGAGAACGAGAUGGAAGCUCUGCUAGAGCUCGGUGGAGUUUCUCAGGAGGAGGAGGAAGAAGAGGAGGAAGAGGAAGAAGAAGAAGAAGGCGAAGAGGAAGGGGAAGAAGAAGGAGAAGAGGAAGGGGAAGAAGGGGAAGAGGAGAUAAUAGCGCCUCCGAACUUAGCAAAAAUCCAGUUCGUCAGAAAGGAAGAUGUGGUGGUUCACCCUCUCAAGGCUUACACUCACUACGCUGACCUUUCAGUCUCUGAAUACUCCGAGGAGCAGCCUCGAGGCCCAGCACCUCCAGACUGCAUGACGUCCCCCUCAAACUUCUCACUUGACACUAAGUCUUCCACUAGCAGCCCAUCGCUAAGAAAUCCCCAGUCCCAGGACCCUCUCCUGGCUCACCACUCUCCACCUGACGCAACUCUCAGUUUAGAAAGGCUUGUUGACGAAGUUGUCACUUCUGAGACCCAGCCAGAGGAUGCUCUCGCUCUCGAGACUAAGGCAAAAGAAGUUCUCACUCUCGAGACUAAGCCAAAAGAAGUUCUCGCCUCCAAAACCUCCAAGACCCCACCUGAACAAGCUCCCAUCUUCGAAGCCCUUGAUGGCGAAGCUCUUUCCCCUAAAGCUCCACCUGAAAAAGCUCUUACUUCUGGGAUUCCACCAGGCGAUGCUUCCUCCCAUAUUUUUCAGUCAUCGACGCUUCAAGAAAGAGUACACAACAAAGUCCCUAAAUAUUCCAGUAUUCUGCGUGUGAAUCUGUCAAGCCAAAGAAGAGACCUUCCGGAGCAUAGCCCCGAUACAAGUCCCACUUCGAUUCUUAAACCUGCCAAUAUCCCCGAGCAGCGUCCUCCAGGAAUCGCGAAGGCCCCGGAGACCUCACCUGCGGAACGCCGUGACAGUACAUCCACACGCUCCGCACCUUCGGGCGCCCGUUCGCCAAGCAAGUCAGCCCCGAACUCAGUCCGCAACUCGAUCUUAGAAGAGAACAGCGAAGAGGAGGAUUCUGUGAGCAUCACCACAGGAAGAUUGCGACUCUCUCUCAGCGCUGCUAGUAUUAACGUCAAGUCUGAGGAGGUAAAGACGGAGCAAGUUGCCGCUAGUGAACGGGUACAUGAGGGCGAGGUGCCCCAUCUCCUUGAUGACAGGGCACAGGGCACUACAAGCAGAGAGGAACCAGCAGCAGUGGAGGGUGGUGGGCAGACCCCAGAGACGGCGGUAGAGGCUGCGGAAGUGCCGCAGGAGGCACACCCGCUGCGGGAAGUUGCGCUACGGCCGCUGGACGAGCCAGGAAUGGCCCAGACUCGUACUGGACCGGUCACUGUCCAGAAGGCUUCAGUUAUCGUGGGCAAGGCCAUCGCUAAGGCCAUGGCCAGGGAGACAUCGGUCCGGGAGGGUGUGAGUAGGUCUGUGACCCCUGAAGUCCAGGAGACCACUUCGAGUGCCCCGUCGGAGCCUUCUGAAGGAGACGAAGAAAUAACAAUGCAAGGAACGACAACUGACUCAGACGACGACGAUAACCUGAGGCUCCUGGACACCAUCCAGGAGGAAGAGGAGGUCAGUGAACUGACUGAGUCAGGUCGAGUCAGGUCAAGAGGUCCGUCAAAAAAUAUUUUUCUCCCGUUCAACCCUACGAACGUGGUGCAGCUAUCCCCUAUAGCAGGGGAGGAAGGCACAACCCCUGCAGUCCCCAGCACGACCCCUGCAGCCCCCAGCACGACCCCUGAAGCCCCCAGCACGACCAGGAAAGGUGUGAGUGCGGCUGGGAGAGACGCAGAAGCUGCCGGUGUUGGCCAAGUCAAAAACCUUCACCCAAAGGAGAGUUCCUCGACCCCGGCUAAUUACUACAAUACCCUCCACACGUACUAUAACGAGGCUGGAGCCUCCAAAAAACCCCAAGAACAGGUUAGACUAACUCCUGACGACUACGAGAAUAUGUACGACAUAAAGAGAGAGUUAAAUAGCCUUCAAGAACCCAGGGACAUCACACGGGACAAGAUCAACACUUUGGUCACCCAGCCUCAACACUCUGACGUAGUUGACGAUGAAGACGUCUAUUACGAAGACGUAGUUCUUAGAUCCACUAAAGAGUCGUCGAUGGGGCAAGACGAAGGCGAGAACGACGUAUCGAACGCACGUACUUGUCGCAGGAGACGCAAGCGGAAACGCAAAAGCCAUGACACAGGGGCGUUGAGCAAGGGAGAUGUUAGUGAAGAUGCUGCAUCUGGGUCAUCUCCGGCUGCGAUGCCAGCACCCGUUCCUUUGUCUCCGUCGUCUCUAGCAGCAAGAACAGCAGCAGCAGCAACAGUAACAGCAGCAACAGCAGCAGCAGCAACAGUAACAGCAGCAACAGCAGAGGCAGCACCAGAAGUAGAAGCCCCACCACCUCCAGCAGAAGCACCACCACCAGCAGCAGAAACACCACCACCAGCAGUAGAAGCACCAGCAGCAGCCCCAGUACCAGCGACCCUCGAAGUCCAAGACUUGCAGACACAGGAAGGAUCCGACGAGGCUGUAACCACGGUCACCAUUAAGAGAAUUGUCAGGAGAUCGAGGCUAGUGGAUGACAGAUCUUACGACACCAUAGAGACAGGCACACCGACGCAGCUGAAGGUAAGCAGAACCAGCAGGAGUCCACAGCAUCAGGAACCUGCAGGAACCACUGCAAAACAAGAGCGAAACGCCAGCGUCAACACUAUAAACAGUUCUACAAACCAGAACACCGCUCAGGAAGCAACCCAGGAAACCUCUCCUUCUACCUCCACUCCUGCCUUGGCUUCCACCACCAGUGCAGCGUCGGCGAGGAAGCCCAGGAAUCCUUCGGAGUCCUCUGGGGACUCUGAAGACGAAGAUACAGGGGGAAAAGUUCACAGGGUGAGCGUGGAGGAUCUGCCAAAGAUCCCACAUCUCUUGGUACAGAUUGAAGGUCUGAAGGCGCGGCAGAACAAGAAGGACCCUGACUACCAGGAGAUGCGGGAACUGAAGGAACAGAUCCAGAUGAUGAAGAGGCAACUCGAGGCUCGCAUGGAGAACGAGAACGACAGAGGCGACUCCCCUGAGGUUCCGAAGGAGGAGGAGGAGCCGUCGCCUCCUGGAUUGCAAGCGCUGCACGAGCAACAGGACAAGCCAGUCAGCAGGGAGUACGAGCAACUGCAAUUUGAUCGGACGGUACGACGGCUCCUGGCGGAGGGACGAGCGGGGAGCUACGAGAAAGCCGAAUUAGCAGCUCAACUUCUCAACUUCAAGUUCAACGAGAGUGACUCCUUGCAGGCGGCCGAAGAAUGUUCCUCAAUCUAUACAGCCAUCCAGUUCCUCCAGCAGGAGUGUGAACUGUGUGCUGAGAAAUAUCCAAUGAGGAAGAUGGUGUCAAUGCUGCAGUGUACACACCGAUGUUGUUGCGAGUGCGCAAAGACCUAUUUCACCUUCCAGAUCAAGACGAAGAACAUCCGGGAAGUUCGCUGUCCCUUCUGCAACGAACCUGACCUAGAUGCUAACGAGGAGAUAGCCAAUGAAUAUCUCAAUAAUAUGGAUAUCCUUCUGAAGAAUAUCCUGGAACCAGAGACCCAUGAACUUUUCCAGAGGAAACUGAGGGACUGGACGCUAGGCAAGGAUCCCAAUUUCCGCUGGUGUAAUAAGUGCUCAUCCGGGUUUAUCGCCAAUCCACGCGCCCGGAAGUUGAUUUGUCCGGACUGUUCCGACGUCACCUGCGCCCACUGCCGCGCCCCCUGGGAGAGUGCCCAUGAGGGCAUCUCCUGCGAGGCUUUUGCCCAGUGGAAGGCUGACAACGACGUGGAGGUGGCUGCCCAGGGUGUGGCUCGGCACCUAGCAGAGUGUGGCAUCACUUGCCCUAAGUGCAAGUUUACGUACGCCUUGGCUAAGGGAGGAUGUAUGCACUUUACGUGCACUCAAUGCAAGCACGAGUUCUGCUCCGGGUGUAGUAAGCCCUUCCGUCAGGGUGGCAAGUGUUGGGUUGGACCAUACUGUGCUCGUCUGGGGCUCCACGCUCACCACCCCAGGAACUGCCUCUUCUAUCUGCGUGACAAGGAGCCCCAGCAGCUUCAAAAUCUCCUAAAGGAAGCCGGGGUGAGCUUCGACACGGAGCCCCACGGUGGGAAGGAGCCCCAGGCAGGAGCCCGGUCAGGAUGUCAGGUCCAGGAGCAGAAGGAACUUGCUGACGGCCUCAAGGAUGACAUCUGCGGACGCAUCGUACCUCCAGGAUACGCAGGACUUUGCAGAAACCACUACCUUGACUAUUUGGGUCGAUUGUGUUUUAAAAAUCAUAUAGACCCACUGCCCUUAAUGGACGAGGGAGACUUAAGGUACCUUUUACGUCGCGAACACAUGGAUAUCCCUAAGAGACGACCGUGGGAGUCUGACAUAUACUACGUCAGGAGACUCGCAAAGCUGAUAAAGGAACACUUGCCCCUGGGGAACCUGGAAUAAGGUUCUGUCUACAAGACGAGGUUCUGAGAGCCUUGUCUAACUCUGUGAUGUCGUGAUGCUGUGGUCUCUGCAAGACGAGGUUCUGAGAGCCUUCUCUACCUCUGUGAUGUCGUGAUGCUGUGGUCUCUGCAAACUUCUCCACUUAUCCGGCUGUUCCAUGUAACCGUUCAGUGCUGUUGACUAUCUACCAACACCCACAGGAUAUAUACACACAGAGGUGUAUAUAUCCUGUAUAUAUACACUGAGAUUUUUGCAUUAAUCAGUAUUUUAGGUAUUAAAGUAUUCUUGACUGGUGGUGUACAGGUGACAUGCAGCCUUAAUGACCCUCGUGUAGUAGAUAGUCUUGAAACCCCAUUAACCAACCAAUUAAUGAAAGGAGAUGUUGUAAUUUCACAGUAACUUACACCACCAGACACUGCUGUAACUUCAGAGUAACUUACACCAGACACUGUUGAAACCCCCACAGUAACUUACACCACCAGACACUGCUGUAAUCUCACAGUAACUUACACCAGACACUGCUGUAAUCUCACAGUAACUUAUACACUCAGAUACUGUUGUAACCUCACAGUAACUUACACCACCAGACACUGCUGUAACCUCACAGUAACUUACACCAGACACUGCUGUAACUUCACAGUAACUUACACCACCAGACACUGCUGUAACCUCACAGUUACUUACAUCAGACACUGCUGUAAUCUCACAGUAACUUACACCACCAGACACUGCUGUAACCUCACAGUAACUUACACCAGACACUGCUGUAACCCCACAGUAACUUACACCACCAGACACUGCUGUAACCCCACAGUAACUUACACCACCAGACACUAUUAUAACCUCACAGUAACUUAUACCCCCAGACACUGUUGUAACCUCACAGUAACUUACACCACCAGACACUGCUGUAACCCCACAGUACCUUACACCACCAGAUACUGCUGCAACCUCACAGUAACUUACACCACCAGACACUGCUGUAACCCCACAGUAACUUACACCACCAGACACUACUGUAACCCCACAGUAAUUUACACCACCAGACACUGCUGCAACCUCACGGUAACUUACACCACCAGACACUGCUGUAACCCCACAGUAACUUACACCACCAGACACUGCUGUAACCCCACAGUAACUUACACCACCAGACACUGCUGCAACCUCACAGUAACUUACACCACCAGACACUGCUGUAACCCCACAGUAACUUACACCACCAGACACUGCUGUAACCCCACAGUAACUUACACCACCAGACACUGCUGUAACCCCACAGUAACUUACACCACCAGACACUACUGUAACCCCACAGUAACUUACACCACCAGACACUGCUGUAACCCCACAGUAACUUACACCACCAGACACUGCUGUAACCCCACAGUAACUUACACCACCAGACACUGCUGUAAUCAUAGCCCAAGCCAGCACAUACCCACCCCAUAUAUACCAUUAUACCCCAGUAUAUCCCUAAUACUCCGCUUUAUUACUCAAAUAUUCGCAUAUAUACUAUUUAUAAGACACUAAUAAAGAUAUAUACCAAAAAUAGA